AUGACAAAAAAGGCUGUUGAGAAAGCUAUACGCCGAUUUCAAGAGCAGAAUCCAGGACCUAGCGAAGAAAGGAAAAUCCAUAUUCUUUCGGAAGCUUACGCUCAAGCAAUGGAAAGAAUCAGGGCUCAAAAAGCUGGUAUUCGCCAGCUUGCAGAGAGAACACUUCUAUGGAUCACAUGCGCCAAAAGACCACUUAACACAUCGGAACUUCAACAUGCUCUUGCUGUUGAGCUAGAGGCUAAUGAGUUCGAUGACAAAAACUUCUCUGCAGUCGAUGAUAUGGUCUCCGCCUGCGCUGGUUUGGUCAUCAUCGACGAGGAAAGUAAGAUCAUCCGCUUGGUGCACUACACCAUGCAGGACUACUUCACAUAG